UAGCACAAGCUUUCAGCUGUGAUCACGUACGUACAGGGAAAACAGUUGUCGAAGGGAAGGAGAGCUAGCGCUAGCCACCGGCGCCAUAGAGCUGGAGCUGGGGCUUGCGCCGCCCAACGACGCGGGCUCGUGCGGGAAGAGGAGAUCGGCGGAGGCGUUUGGGGUCAAGAAACCCACGCUGCCACUCUUCCUGCGCGACGACGACGACGACGGUGACCACGGCAACGGCGAAGACGACACUGGCGACGCUCGCGACUGCGAGAUAUCGAUGGGCAACAAGAGGAAGAGGCUAGUGGGGUGGCCGCCGGUGAAGAGCGCGCACCGCCCGCGCAGCAACAGCCAUGUGAAGGUGAAGAUGGAAGGGGUGCCCAUCGGGAGGAAGGUGGACCUGUCCCGCCACGCCUCCUACCACCAGCUCCACCACACGCUCCGCCUCAUGUUCCCCUCCACUUCUCACCAUGGUGAUCCAUACGCCGUCACCUACGAGGACGUCGACGGGGACUGGGUACUCGUCGGGGACGUGCCGUGGGAGGACUUUGUCAGGUCGGCCAAGCGGCUCAAGAUACUACUCGUGUAACCGACUGCAGUACUUGCCAUUGCUAGUUGAGUUUGGGUGUCAUGGAUCUGCACCGGCCGGCGUGUGUGGCUAGUUAGUUUUAGCUCACUGAAUAAUUUUUGUACAUGUUGUCGUCACGUCGACAAGUAUGGGACUUCCUGAUCGAUUUUCUCUCACCCGUCCAAGGUUUAAUGUUUAGGCAAAAGAACAAAUUCAAUCUUCA